CCCCCCACCCACCAGUUGAGCAUUGCCACCUUUCCUGCCCAGAGACCAGAACACUGAGACCGAAGGCUGUUAAGUGCCUCUCCCAGGAGCCUCCCACACCCCACCCCCACCUCUGACCACCUCCAGUGGCCGACUCACUGGUGAGGGAGACGCCCCGGGGUCGCUUGACCUCCACGGCCCAACACAUGGGCAGCAGCAGCAGCACUAGUAACAUCUCGCUGGAGCCUCGGAAGCCGGAAACGGGUUCUGUCAGAGGAAGGAGGCUGCUGGGAGAUGCGCUGUGCCCUCGCGCUGCAGCAAGAAAGGGGUGGCAGAAAGAAAGCGGAAAUGUGUGGAAGCAUCACUUCCGGUAUCACGCUGCGCUCCCUGAACGGCGGUUCGUGGCCGCCAUGUUGCGAGUGGCAAGUGGCGGGGCCGGAACCGAGACGGCCAUCUUGGAUAGGACUGUGAAGCCUUAAAGGGAAUAGUUCUGAAGGUCCAGAUUUCAGCUCCUUCCAAAGUCAAGGGCGGUCAGGCUCAGAUCAAGCCCUACCACCCUCGAGGCAAGGGGUCAGUGCAGGCCUGGCACUCACUCCAUUCCAAGGCGGCACCUUUCCACGCCAGCGAGGGGAAGUCCGCUGUGCACACGCAGGUGGCUGAGUUACAAAGGAAGCUACAACUGUUAGGUUGACAAUUACUGAAAGGUCUUCCCUCUGGGAAGUCCCCCCUUCCCAUGAUCCUCUGCUUCUGCCUGCCCACCUCACAUGACCCCAGAGGGUGACCGGAAGGCCUUUUAUGAGACCAGCCAGUGGAACAUCAAAAAGAAUCAGGAGACCAUCAACCAGCUCCAUGAGGAGACCAGGGCGCUGCAAUUACAGUUGACAGACCUGCUCCAGGGAGAUGAGAAAGUGAUCCAGGCAGUGAUUCGGGAAUGGAAAUCAGAGAAGCCAUACCUGAAGAACAGGACAGGCCAGCAGGCCCUGGAGCACCUGGACCACCGGCUGAGUGAGAAGGUGAAGCAGCUGAAUGCUCUUCGGUACCAGCUGGGGCUGCGACAGAAGUGGCUGGAGGAGCUCCAGCUGCAGCACAGUCUGCGUGAGCUGGAGAUGGCAGAGGCAAAAGAUAGCAACACAGAGGUGGCCAAGACUAUGCGGAACCUGGAGAACCGCCUGGAGAAGGCCCAGAUGAAGGUGGAGGAGGCCGAACACAUCACCAAUGUGUACCUGCAGCUCAAGGCCUAUCUACAGGAGGAGAGCCUUCGCUUGGAGAACCGGCUGGACUUCAUGGAGGCUGAGGUGCUGAGAACAAAACAGGAGCUGGAGGAACUGAACCUAGUGAAUCAGGAGGCGCUUAAUGCGAGGGACAUCGCCAAGAACCAGCUGCAGCAUCUGGAAGAGACAGUGUUCCGAGAGCGCAAAAAGCGUGAACGCUACCUAACAGAGUGCAAGAAGCGCGCGGAGGAGAGGAAACUGCAGAACGAACGCAUGGAGCGCAAGCAGACCCAGCGCGAGCAGGUGCUGCUGCAGUCCAACGACAGGCUCCAGGACAGCAUGCACUCCAAAGAGGGGGAGCUGCGGCGGCGCUGGAACAUGUACCAGAUGGAGGUGCUCUUCGGCAAGGUCAAGGACGCCACCGGCGUGGCAGAAACGCACGCGGUGGUGCAGCGGUUCCUGGCACAGGGCGACACCUUCACGCAGUUGGAGACGCUCAAAAGCCAGAACGAGCAGACGCUGAUGAGGCUGAAUCAAGAGAAGCAGCGGCUGCAGCGGGAGCUCGAAGACCUCAAGUACUCAGGGGAGACCACGCUCGUGAGCGAGCAGAAGCUGCAAGUCGAGUUGCAGGGGCGCAUCAAGGCGGAGGAGCAGCGGCGCGCUGACACACAGGAUCAGCUGCAGCUCGCCAUGUGGGCAAUGCAAAUGACCAAAGAGGGCCUGGAACACCUGGCUGGCAAACUGAACCACAUCCUAGUGGCAGGCCCCGCCCACGAGGAAUCCCCGCAAGACGUGAGAGGCGGUGCCGGCGCGCAGGAGGCCGGCCACUUCGCCAGAAAGGAGCUGGAUCCCAAGGCAGGUGACUAUCUGCCCAACCUACUGGGCCUCGUGGAGGAAAAACUGUUGAAGCUACAGGCGCAACUCCAGAACCAAAACGUGCCAGAGUUGCUGCGCCACAUCGCCGACCGCGAGUUCUACUCCACCCUAGAGGGAAAGCUGCCGAUGUACAACACCCGCAUCGCCCUGCCUGUUGCCGGUCUCAAGGACAGGUUCUUCGACGAAGAGGAGAGUGAGGACGAAGACAACAACGUGGUGACCCGCGCGGAGCUCAAGAUGCGUUCCCAGAAAUUAAUCGAAUCCCGCAGCAAGAGGCGCGGUCGUUCGCGGAGGUCCUAGACUCGCCCUCGCGCCCAUCUGGCGUUUGCGGGCCCCUGCGGAGCCCCCAAACCCCUCUGGGCCCAGCGGCGGGCCCACGGGGCCCCUUCAAGGGCUGAACGCGGCCCGGACGAGGGAGCGGAGCGGGCGGGCGAUGCCCGAAGUAGAGAAGGGGGCUGGGCUGCCGGACGUUCCCACAGUAAAUCUCCCCAGGCUGGUCCGCGCCGGCCUCGGAAUCGCGCAUUAAAGGUCAACCACCAGCUCCCUGAGUAUUCGCCUCUCCUUGA